CAUACUUAACAUUCCACUUAUACUGUCAAACCUCUGAGAAAUAUUACGGAAAACAACAAGGCGCCAAAAUAUAAGCAACUAAGUAAAGUGACCAGCUGCUCUCAUUGAGAAGAACAAGUUGACAGGCAGAAUAAAAAAGUUCAUACCUGGAUCAUCCAACACUUCCAGCUUUGUUCCUCGAGAGGAAUCCAACAGUUUUACCCACGAGCACAGAGAGAGAGAGAGAGAGAGAGAGAGAAACACAAAACGAUUUGGAGGAAUACACAACUUCAGUGUGGUUUGGACCUCUGCAUCCCAAAAGGUGUCCUACAGAUCCUUUGAUUUUGGGGCUCGGGGUCGGGCCCAGGGGGAGCCGCCACCAUUGCGUCCAACGAGUGGAGCGCCAACGGUAGCCCAGAAGAUGGGCUGGACGGGGAAAACGAGGACAAGGCCAUUGACGGGGACGCCGAGGGCGUAUGGAGCCCGGACAUCGAGCAGAGCUUCCAGGAGGCCCUCGCCAUCUACCCUCCCUGCGGCAGAAGGAAAAUCAUCCUGUCAGACUGAGGGAAAGAUGUAUGGUCGCAAUGAAUUGAUAGCGAGGUACAUCAAGCUGAGGACGGGCAAAACCCGCACAAGAAAACAGGUGUCUAGUCACAUACAGGUGUUAGCACGGAAGAAGGUGCGUGAAUACCAGGCGGGUAUAAAGGUUUCUAGCCACUUGCAGGUUCUCGCCCGGAGAAAAUCUCGCGAGAUCCAGUCAAAGCUAAAGGCGAUGAAUUUGGAUCAGGCGUCUAAAGACAAAGCCCUGCAGAACAUGGCAGCAAUGUCGUCUGCACAGAUUGUCUCCCCGAGUAUGAUAAAGAACCACCUUCCACCACUGCCUCCUGCCUCCUACCAACCUCCCAGAUUCUGGCCUUCUAUCCCAGGACAGCCUGGACCCUCUCAGGAGCUGAUUCUAGAUGUCAACCUGGGAAGGACUUCUGGGCUUGGCCGCACCAGCCAUGCUAUCAAAUCUUUUGCACAGCCCCCAUACCCAAGCCUAUCAGGUCCUUUACAACAAUCCAUACCAAGUUAUGAGCCCCUGGCACCGCCUCCUCCUCCAUCUGCUACUGCAGUGCCCGUGUGGCAGGACCGGACCAUCGCCUCCUCGAAGCUGCGGAUGCUGGAGUAUUUAGCCUUUAUGGAGGUCCAGAGAGACCCAGACAACUACAGCAAACACCUGUUUGUCCACAUUGGACAGACGAACCCCUCGUACAGCGACCCGCUCCUCGAGGCCGUGGACAUCCGGCAGAUCUACGACAAGUUCCCUGAGAAGAAGGGCGGGCUCAAAGAGCUUUAUGAGAAAGGCCCUCAGAAUGCUUUCUUCCUAGUUAAAUUCUGGGCGGACCUGAACAGCAGCGGUAUGCAGGACGGCCCUGGUUCUUUCUACGGCGUCAGCAGCCAGUACAGCAGCCUCGAGAACAUGACCAUCACUGUUUCAACCAAAGUCUGCUCGUUUGGCAAGCAGGUUGUGGAGAAAGUAGAGACAGAAUACGCCCGCCUGGAGGGAGGAAGGUGUGUUUACAGGAUCCACCGCUCUCCUAUGUGCGAGUACAUGAUCAACUUUAUCCACAAACUCAAACACUUGCCUGAAAAAUACAUGAUGAACAGUGUUCUUGAAAACUUCACUAUCCUACAGGUGGUGACGAACCGCGACACCCAGGAGACCUUGCUCUGUAUAGCGUUUGUUUUUGAGGUUUCCACAAGUGAACAUGGAGCUCAGUAUCACGUCUACAGACUUGUUAAAGACUAACAGCUCUUCAGGGAGGUUUUUUUUUGGAAAAGCCAGAAAAAAAGCGUGACACAAUCUCUCUUCGACCAGCUCAACCAUCCAGGAAAAACAAAACAACACAAAAACAUUCAAACAAUGCUAGACCGAACUAACAUGGACACAUUUUAUGCUUUAAAAAAACAAAAAAGUCUUCUUCGCAAGGAAAAAAAAGAGUGAAUCUCAACGUGCCAACACACAAAGAUAUUUUUGAAGAAUUACGUCUUUUUCAAACAACCAGCUAUUUUCCAUGUGUUUCAACAUGCUUUAGAUGAAGUGGGUCACUUUGCCAAGGUAAUCGAUGGAUCUUGAAAUGUUUUAUUGAGGGAACAAGAAUGUGUUUAGGGUUGUUACAGUAAGUUUGUUAGGAAAGCAAGUGCCUUUUCUCCAAAGAUUUUAUCAUAGCCUGCCACUUUGGAUUACCUUUUUUUUUUUUUUUUUUACUACCUCUUGUUUUUAAAACGAACAGAAAACUAGUCACACAGGUGUAUUUUGUCCAAACAACUUGGAAAGAAAACCUCUCAGAUUGACAUCUUUUGAGGCGUUUUUGUUUGUGUUUGGGCACACAGAGUGAUGGGACGGGAGAACUCAUAUUCAUGUAGCCUGUUGUUUUUACAAAAAAAAAAGAUCGUCCCAAGUUUUACAGUCCACAUGUAUAGGGAGAAGGUUUAUUGUGUUACCGUACUAUUUAGGUUCUGCUUUUUUUUAAAUGUUUUAUUACACAAUUUAAAAAUCAGGUCUUACAAGCAUCUAUCUAAUACUGACUUUAGACACUAGGGAUGCCUUGUACCAUUGCUAGACUGACAUAAAGGCAGGGCUUUGCCAUCCUUACGAGAUCCCCUGUUAUUUCUCUCUGUUUGAAGACGUGUGCUUGGUUGCACUUAAAAGAUCAAGAAGGGGAGGUGAAGCAACAGCAGUGCUUAUUUUCUGCCUUGAGUUAUGUAGCCUAAUUGAAAAAUGAAUUAUUUCUGUACUGUGAGUCAGUGGAUGCUAAAGGAAUAUGUGUUACAUAGGAGUAUUGUUUUUUUUUUGUUGGUUUUUUUUUUUGGGGGGGGGGGGGACUUUCUGUUCAUAUUUGUGAUCAAGUGACUCAGCACAGAGACCGUGGUUUAAGUGGAGAGAAGUUAAUCACUGUUUCUUUUGUUUAAAAAAGAGAUUGUAUGCUCUGAAGCCGGUUCAUGUGCUUCACUGUUCUCCGUUGUAAUGUGUGGAGAAGCUGCAUCUGUUGAUAAAAGUUCAGUUUUGAUAUUUAGGACAAUUCUUUUUACUGACAUUAAACAUGAAAUAAUUUUGAAAUCAAGCAAAAUAAUUGUCUUGAAUGAGAGCUGUUGUCUCUGUGCUGUGGAGUAUGACCAUUGAUUGUUAUUUAUAGGGUUGGAAAAGAAAUAGCGGGAGGGCAGGGUGGGGUACUGGAGAUGUGUUGAUACUUUUCCACUGUGAUGGAGACGUUAAAAGUAUUGCAGGACUCAUAUUAGAGACAGGAGAACUGUCAUUGCAUGGAUCCUGCUAGACAAGUGUCUACUCUGUGUGGUUCACUGGACAAUUGUGCUAUAAAAGUUCAAAUUUAAGAUAUUGUACGGCGAAAUACUUGCACCUGGCUUUGAAUGUCAUAUUUCACAAGCUAGAUACAAUAACACUCCUCUAGCAGGUUUCUCAAUUUAUCUUUUAUACAGACAUGUUUUUCGCCAUUAUCAAAAUUAAUGUUUUUGUUUUGAUUCUGUUGUCUUUUGACUUUCAGUGUUUGCCAUAUGCUUCACUGAAAAUAAUGUGUGAUUGUGCUGAUAUUGAUAAUUAAUAAUGAGAUAUCUAAUGUAUCAUAUUCUGAAUGGUGUGGGCAGUUUUGUUUUUUUUUGUUUUGGUUUAAGGUGGUUUACUGUUGUCUUUGUUACCAUUGUGCAUUGCAAUUUUAUACUUCAAAGUAGAGGUUGGACUAUGUAAUCAAAGAAAUGUAUCUAACAAUAAAAGACGCAUGGUGCCUUUGGGGCCAUUUUCCCCCCAGAAAACUUAUUAAACAUGUUUAUAAAUU